AUGGCACGAUUUUCCCAUUUUGACUGCUAUCAAGCGCCAUCAACUCUUGAAGUGUCCCCGUCGGAGGAAGAGGACAUGAAGGUACUAGAUGAGAACAUCCUGGACUCCAACUCGCCUGAAAUAUCGGAUCCGAGGCGGGCUUCAUACGACAACGAAGCCUUCUCGCAUCGGGGUUCAGUCUGGUCCAACUACUCCACCAAUUCUGACCAGUCUCGUCAAAAUUCACACAUGGGCCACUCCAUCCUAGAAUCAUCAGCCUCCUCUUUCAUGCCCGUCGACAGCACAUCCUAUGGCCAACAGGCCUGGAACAUGUCGCGCAAUGCAUCGGGCUCAUGUACUCCAACCGCCUACGACCAGUACCCAGAAGCCGAGGGCUCAUCUUCAGCGCCCUUCGCGGGCGGUGCUGUAGGUCCAGUCGGCGGUUCGAUUCCCAUGGGCCCCGUCUCAUAUCGGAGUAGCUUGGGUUUUCCGUCCGGUAGUGUCGCCAUGUCACCGCAGUCCAGUCAGGGCUGGGCACCGGCGCCUAUGGAGUUGCCUGACGCCCCUCAGACCAAGAGCCUGUACCGAAAUGAUUCGCCGAUGGUGAUGCGUCGUGACGGCGUCCGCAAGAAGAAUGCGCGCUUUGAUAUUCCUCAAGAGCGCAAUUUGAGUAAUAUCGACCAGCUUAUCAGCCAGUCGACCAACGAGGACGAGGUCAAGGAGUUGAAGCAGCAGAAGCGGCUCCUACGAAACCGUCAAGCAGCUCUCGACUCUCGUCAGCGCAAAAAGCUUCACACUGAAAAGCUGGAAGAGGAGAAAAAGUCUUAUGCUCAUACCAUUAGCCAACUCGAGGACAUGGUCGCGAGUCUGCAGAGAAGGGAAUCGGAUCUGCUGCGCGAGCAGGGCGAGCUGAUGAACCGACAGCAGCACAUUACCAACUAUGUUGAGAACAUGCACUUGGAAAAAGACGAGAUGAUUCGCGUGCACACCCUGGAGACAGCGGAGCUGCGCAAGAAGAACAACAUCCUGAUGGAGACAGUGGACAAGUUGGAGCGAGGCAUGAAAUCAGGCAUGACCGAGUCCCACGGCGAGUUCGCCGGCUUCGAAAAUCUGACUAUGGACAACCCUCCCACUCAAUCGCAUGCUCUGUCGCAGGUCAAUGACCGGUCGGCCGAAAAGCCCAACAAUGGGGAAUACCCAUUUAGCUGGAACGCCUUCUACAUGUGCCUUCUCUUCGGCGCCUUCAUCGCCUCGAACAACACCUCGCUGCCGGGCCACUCGCUCCCACAGCUGUCGGAAGAGUACCGCGCUGAGUCCGCUAAUGUGCUGAAAGCCGUGCUCGCUUCUUCACCCUCGGACGUGGCCAACCCCACCAGCAACGUAGGCGCCGCCGCCGCUACUGCCGCUGCUCCAGGCCCCAGCCCUAUGGCCGGCAUGGGAAUGGCCCAGAUGGCCGGGCCCACCGGGUCUUCGACGCUAGACGAGCUACAUGACACGCUAGUCAUGCCUACCGAAGAACAAGAGCGUGCCCAGGUCUUCACCAUGAAUGUGGACCAGUACAAUUCCCUGACAACCUUCCAGGACGACGGCUCCGGCUUCAAGCCGGCGCAGCCGUCGGCAAUGCAGCAGGCCCUCGCGACUAUGCGCAACAAUGCUGCUCAGCAUCGCAUGAACGACGCUUCGACGUCGGACGUGUAUUCACGGUCGCUGAUGUGGGAGCGUGUUCCACCCAAGGUCAUCCAAGACUUCCGUCGCAUGGUCCAAGAGUAUGGUGCCCCGCCGGUGAAGCAGGAAAUGGGCUUCCAGGCAUAA